GUCCUUGGCGAGACAAAUUCGGAGAAACAGAGGGACUGAAGCGCGAAGCCUCGAAUCCUUCCCCGGGCGACAGCUUCCCUUCUCCCCGUCUCACCAUCUACCACAUCUUCUCUCUCCUCGUAAAAAAGCGCCCCUCUCCACGACCGCGACGCCACCCAUGAGAGCGCCACCGCCACCCCUCCACGCCGCCACCCCGGCUCCCCGCCGCGAACCCUAGCAUGGCCGCCGAGUCGUGCGGCAGCCGCGGCGCCUCACCCCCGCCGCCCCCAUCCUCCGGUGGCGCGGCCGGGAGUCGGCGGAAGGCGGAAGCCUACGCCGAGGUGCUCCGCCGCAUCCGCGCCGGCGGUUACGGCGGCACGCGCCCCGGGUUGGACAACGAGCUCUGGGGCCACUUCCUAGGCCUCCCCGCCAGAUAUGCAUUGGAUGUGAAUGUUGAGCGGGUUGAAGAUGUCUUAUUGCACAAGAAAUUGCUUGAGCAAGCCCAUGAACCCAUGAAUGGAGGACUGGUCUUUGAUGUUCGUCCUUCACAGGUUGUUACUCUGGAGGAAAGCACCGGACUUGAGUCCUCAACUUCCUUUAAGCAAGAAGAACAAGAUUCCCAAUGCUCUUCUUUUUCAUCAAGAGAUCAAAGGCCUUUGCAUGAAAUUAUAUUUGCAUGUGACGAUAAGCCAAAGCUUCUUAGUCAGAUAACAUCUCUACUUGGGGAGCUUGGUCUUAAUAUCCAAGAAGCGCAUGCAUAUUUGACAAGCGAUGGGUAUUCCUUGGACAUCUUUGUUGUUCAUGGCUGGGAGUAUGAGGUUGGUGUUCUCCGAAGUGUAUUGAGGAAAGGCAUUGAGAAAAUAAAGUACAGAGCAUGGCCGUUGGUCCAGUCGAUGCCUGUUAGGAUGGAUCACCAGCCAUUGGAUGAUUCUUCUUCAUCUGACUUUGUCCAGAUACCAGCUGAUGCAACUGAUGUUUGGGAAGUUGAUCCCAGGCUUCUCAAAUUUGAACAAAAAUUAGCAUCGGGAUCAUUUGGUGACCUAUACCAUGGGACAUACUGGAGCCAAGACGUAGCAAUCAAAGUAGUCAAGCCUGAGCAGGUUAGCGUUGAUAUGCUGCGGGAGUUUGCACAGGAAGUAUAUAUAAUGAAAAAGGUUCGUCACAAGAAUGUUGUGCAAUUUAUUGGUGCAUGCACCAGACCUCCUAUUUUGUGUAUAGUUAAAGAGUUCAUGCAUAGAGGGAGUAUUUUUGACUUCCUUUACAAUAGACGAGGAAAUUUUCAGCUCCAGGAUGUGCUAAGAAUUGCAUCUGACGUGUCCAAGGGAAUGAACUACUUGCAUCAGAUUAACAUUAUCCACAGGGACUUGAAGACUGCAAAUCUUCUUAUGGAUGAUCAGGUUGUCAAGGUUGCAGACUUUGGGGUAGCAAGGGUUAAAGACCAGUCAGGAGUUAUGACUGCAGAAACAGGAACCUACAGAUGGAUGGCUCCUGAGGUCAUUGAGCACUUGCCCUACGAUCAUAGGGCGGAUGUUUUCAGUUUUGGAAUAGUUCUCUGGGAGCUGCUUACUGGAAAGCUUCCUUACCAAGACAUGACGCCUCUUCAAGCAGCAGUUGCUGUUGUUCAAAAGGAUCUGAGGCCUAAUAUUCCUGCUGAUACUCAUCCUAUGCUUGUGAAUCUACUUCAGAAAUGCUGGCAGAAAGAUCCAGCUCUGAGACCAACCUUUGCAGAGAUUCUGGACAUACUGAGCUCCAUAAAGGCGGUGGUUCGAAGUUCUGGGCAUCACAAGAGGCAUUCAGGUCGAUCUAAUUCCGGGCAGAGGCCAGUGAUAAUUUCAGAAUAUAGUCUGCUGAGUUAUUCGUGUUCAUUUCGGGAGGGUUUUUGUUUCCCUUUUUAGUGAUCUUCUAAGAAUUGUUGCACCACUCAAUUUUAUAUACACUCAAAAUCUGGUUAAAUGGCUACAUAGGAAGAAGGAUCCUGCCCUUUUUCUCAAAUUAGAAAUUGCAAAGGCCUUUGAUA